GCAUUUGUUCAUGUAUGUCCCCUUUUAUUCGUUACACACAAACAAACCCCACUAUCAAUCUGUAGACAAAAACAAAUCAAAAUCUCUAUCUCCAGUCAUUGCUGUCACCCUCAAUCGCGACUUUCUCACCACUUCCACCUUUCUCUCUCUCUCUCUCUCUCUAUAUAUAUAUAUAUAAAUUAGGGCUUUUCAUCGCUCUUUCAAAUGACUGCAUCCUCUAACGAACACCAACAAUCAUCAUCUCCGCUUGAUGCCACUGCUACUUCUGCUGUUGUUGAGCCUGCAGACUCCGGUGCGAUUGUAGCUGCUGAUUCCGGUGCCGGUGGUGGAGACGAUAGUGAUAUGGAUAAAGGCGGUGGUACUGCUGGUGAUCCGAUGGAUGAGGAUGUUGUUAAUAAUCCGGCCACUGUGUUUUGUAUUAGGUUGAAGCAGCCUAGGGCUAAUUUGCAGUAUAAGAUGAGUGUGCCUGAGUUGUGUCGCAAUUUUAGUGCCGUUGCUUGGUGUGGAAAACUGAAUGCCAUAGCAUGUGCUUCAGAAACUUGUGCACGUAUACCCAGUUCUAAUGCAAAUCCACCAUUUUGGAUCCCAAUUCAUAUUGUGAUACCUGAACGACCUACUGAGUCAACCGUAUUUAAUGUCAUUGCAGAUUCUCCACGUGAUUCGGUUCAGUUUAUUGAAUGGUCUCCUUCGUCUUGUCCCCGCGCCUUACUAAUUGCUAAUUUUCAUGGGCGGAUAACUAUAUGGACCCAGCCUUCAUAUGGAUCAGGUAGUUUGGGUAAAGAUGCUAGCUGCUGGCAGCGAGAGCACGAGUGGCGGCAGGAUAUUGCAGUUGUUACUAAGUGGCUAUCUGGGGUUUCUCCUUAUAGGUGGCUUUCCUCAAGAUCUAGUAGUUCUACAAAGUCAACAUUUGAGGAGAAGUUUCUCUCACAACAGCCUCAAGCUCCAGCUGGAUGGCCGAACUUUCUAUGUGUAUGUUCUGUCUUCUCAUCUGGAUCUAUUCAGCUCCACUGGUCUCAGUGGCCAUCAAAUCAGAGUGGUACAUCUAAAUGGUUUUGCACAAGCAAAGGCCUUUUAGGAGCAGGCCCCAGUGGGAUAAUGGCCGCUGAUGCAAUCGUUACAGAUUCAGGAGCAUUACAUGUUGCAGGAGUUCCAAUUGUGAACCCGUCAACUGUUGUUGUCUGGGAGGUCACUCCGGGUCCCGGAAAUGGAUUUCAAGCUACUCCGAAAACGAAUACCAGUAGUGGAAUCCCUCCUUCUCUUAACCCAUCGUCGUGGGACGGUUUUGCCCCGUUAGCGUCGUAUUUGUUUAGCUGGCAGGAAUAUCUUUAUUUAGAAGCUAAGCAAGGGAAGAAGCAUACAGAACAAGAUUAUAGUGACAUGGUUGCACUUCAUUGUUCUCCCGUUUCAAAUUUCUCUGCAUAUGUGAGUCCCGAGGCUUCCGCUCAAUCAGCAGCAACAACUACAUGGGGUUCUGGUGUCACUGCAGUUGCAUUUGACCCUACUUGUGGUGGGUCCGUGAUUGCUAUUGUGAUUGUUGAAGGGCAAUACAUGUCUCCCUAUGAUCCUGAUGAGGGUCCGUCUAUUACCGGAUGGAGAGUUCAACGUUGGGAGUCCUCUCUAGAGCCCGUUGUCCUACACCCGAUAUUUGGGAAUCCUACAUCUAGUUUCGGUGGGCAGCCUCCGAUGCAGACAGUGUGGGUCACAAAAGUCAAUAAAAGCAUUCCAGCCACCGAUUAUUUAAAAAGUAACCAAACGGGUCCCAGCGGAUCUACUCCCGAGGGAAGUCUAAAUACAUCUGAGCCUGGAAUCGAAGAGUCAAAACGUGUCGUGUUUGACCCGUUUGAUUUGCCGAGUGAUGUUAGAACUCUUGCUCGUAUAGUCUAUUCUGCUCAUGGUGGUGAGGUUGCUGUUGCUUUUCUACGUGGUGGGAUCCAUAUUUUUUCUGGUUCAAGCUUUACGCCUGUUGAUAAUUAUCAGAUCAAUGUUGUUUCUGCAAUUGCUUCUCCUGCGUUUUCUUCUACAAGUUGCUGUUCUGCUACUGUUUGGCAUGAUACGAUUAAGGAUUGCACUAUGUUGAAGAUAAUUCGUGUUCUUCCUCCCGCAGUUCCAAGCAGUCAAGUGAAAGCUAACUCCUCAACAUGGGAACGCGCAAUUGCUGAAAGGUUUUGGUGGAGUCUUAUGGUUGGAGUUGAUUGGUGGGAUGCUGUUGGCUGUACACAGAGUGCUGCUGAGGAUGGCAUCGUUUCACUAAACAACGUGAUUGCGGUUCUGGAUGCUGAUUUUCAUUCUCUUCCUUCCACUCAGCACAGACAACAAUAUGGCCCAAGAUUAGACAGGAUAAAAUGCAGACUAUUAGAAGGUACAAACGCUCAGGAAGUGAGAGCAAUGGUGUUGGAUAUGCAAGCAAGACUAUUACUGGAUAUGCUUGGAAAAGGAAUAGAAUCAGCUCUCGUUAAUCCUUCGGCUUUAGUAGUUGAGCCAUGGCUGGCAUCUGGUGAGACGUUAAACAGUCUUGACCCUGAAUCGAUGGCUAUUGACCCUGCACUUGUAUUAAACAUCCAGGCGUAUGUUGAUGCUGUCCUUGAUUUAGCUUCACAUUUCAUUACACGCUUGCGUCGCUAUGCUAGUUUUUGUCGCACACUGGCAAGCCAUGCUGUAAAUACUGGUACGGGUGGCAAUCGCAACAUGGUGAUCAGUCCCACCCAAAGUACUGGCACUCCUGGAGCUGCACAGGGUGGUCAAAAUGGUAGUGCAAGUUCUACUGCAAGCACUCCGAUCCAAGCAUGGGUACAAGGAGCUAUUGCUAAGAUCAGUAGCACUUCCGAUGGAGUUCCUAACGCAACUCCUAAUCCCGUAACUGGACCAUCGUCAUUCAUGCCUAUAAGUAUAAACACCGGAACAUUCCCUGGAACGCCAGCUGUCAGGCUUAUUGGAGACUGCCAUUUCCUGCAUAGAUUGUGCCAGCUUUUGUUAUUCUGCUAUUUCUUUCGGCGAAUACACCUACCCCGAUUUUUAGGUGCUCCUCAAAGGAACAACACAGAUUCAGCUGUGCAUAAACCUCAGUCUGGUGGCCCCGGAAAGGUUGAAGAAAUCAGCUCCGUCUCUACAAAAGCCACGUCAGCUUUGGGUGGUCAGGUUGGCUCUGGAGCCAAAAGCUCUGAAGACGGCCCGGCAAAUAAGUCUAGGUAUGGUUCUGGCAAUGCGGGUCAAGGAUACACAUUUGACGAGGUAAAGGUGCUGUUCCUGAUACUAAUGGAUCUUUGUAAAAGAACAUCGGGUCUGGCACACCCGUUACCCGUCUCUCAGGUCGGGAGCAGUAACAUCCAGGUCCGUCUACAUUACAUAGACGGAAAUUAUACAGUGUUGCCAGAGGUUGUUGAAGCAUCCCUUGGUCCACAUAUGCAGAAUAUGCCACGGCCCAGAGGCGCAGACGCAGCGGGUUUGCUACUCAGAGAGUUGGAGCUCCAUCCUCCUGCUGAAGAAUGGCAUAGACGGAAUACAUUUGGUGGGCCCUGGUCUGACCCGGAUGAUCUGGGUGUGGAUGAUUCGUCAAGACUGACCACCUCCACAGAUUGGGCCAGCUUUAGCUCGGUUGAUGGCAAUGACGUGCACCACGAAGCCCAACGCUUAUGGCCUAGGAAACGCAGGAUGUCGGAGAGAGAUGCGGCGUUCGGGUUGAACACUUCAGUUGGGUUGGGAGCGUUUCUCGGGAUAAUGGGUUCCCGGCGAGAUGUAACGACAGCUGUCUGGAAAACGGGUCUCGAAGGAGUUUGGUACAAGUGUAUAAGAUGUUUGCGCCAAACUUCAGCUUUUGGCUCACAAGGUGGCAACAGUAGCACGUCUACUCAAAAUGAGCGUGAGACAUGGUGGAUCAGCCGUUGGGUUCAUGGUUGUCCAAUGUGUGGAGGGACAUGGGUUCGUGUUGUAUAGACGACUGCUUCAGUAAAGCUGUAGGUUAGCUUUAAGUUUUAUGUAUAACUUCUAAAAUUGCCACACAAAAUGGCAGGUUUGUCUCACGAAAUUUUAGAAGUGUUUCAUGCAUUAAAAUAGUGUUUUCUAAUUAUUUUUGGAAUUGUCGUCGAAAUGAACAUGUUAGAUGUCAGAUAGUAAACACUGAUGUAGGAAAGUAUGUAUUUACUAAUUUGUAUGUCAUUUGCAUGGUGAUGUCUAAUCUAAAGUAAAUUGUCUUUGUACUCUUGUAAAA